AUGGAGUAUAACAACGCCUACUUGGACGAUCAAGAAAUAUCGCACUUGAAUCAGGAACAAGGUCAUAAUGAAGUUGACGGACAGCUGUUUGACGAGCUGUCGAUUCCAACGCUGGAAAGAGCUCCACCUCAACUGACGCAACAUCCUAUAGUAGACGAAGAAGAGCUCUUAGCAGCACAGGCGGCAGCAGACGCAGCAGUUGCUCAGCAGCAGGCACAACCACAACCUGGUGGAGUAUUUGGAAACGUUGGCCAGGGUUUGACUGGUAAAAAUAGAGAUUUGUUGAUGCAAUAUUGGCAAGAGACGAUUGACUCGAUUGAGAAUGACGACCACGACUUCAAGAACCAUCAGCUACCCUUGGCUAGAAUCAAGAAGGUUAUGAAAACAGACGAAGAAGUGAAGAUGAUUAGUGCUGAGGCGCCUAUCUUGUUUGCGAAAGGCUGUGAUGUGUUUAUCACUGAAUUAACCAUGCGUGCAUGGAUCCACGCUGAAGAGAACAAGAGAAGAACUCUUCAGAAAUCUGACAUCGCUGCCGCUUUGACGAAGAGUGAUAUGUUUGAUUUCCUUAUUGAUGUUGUACCUAGAGAAGAAGAGAAGCCAAAGAAGAGUUUCCCCAGUCUGUCACGCACGGGAAGUUAUGUCGCUACACCUUCGCAGCCACUGAUCCACCAUCUCCAACAGCCUCCGAUGCAUGUAUCGCAGAUUCGUGGUCCUGGUAACCCUCCAAUGCCUCCUCAGGUGGCUGCCCCUCUUGGGCAAGGCCCACACCUGCCUGGUAGCCAAGGACUGCCUCUUCCUGGUGUUCAGCACAUCCCGCUGAACACGCUGCCAGGCGGACAGCUUCCGCCUCGUCCUGCUGAAGGCAACAAGGGCGAUGUUCCACAACCCGUUCCAGCUUUGGAAGACAUUGGUGGACCUAGAGAUGAAGGUGUGAAGCAGGAAGAUAAUGAAGAGAGCUCGAGUUACAAUUUCGAAAACUACCAGCCUUAUGAGAGUAAUUACUAG